UCAACGACUGCUUCGACAACCCUAUUGGUGUUGCCAAUCCCAACGUGAUCUCUAAUCAGCAGAUGAAAGCGUCUUCCCACUUAGAUGAAUCUCAUCAGGCCUCUCAUGGUCGGCUAAACGGGACAGGUUGGUGUGCGGGAAAUGCUAGCUCCCAGGACUGGCUUCAGAUUGAUUUCAAUCGAACAAUCGAUGUUUGUGCUGUUGCAACACAAGGAGGUGCAAACGGCUGGAUGACCAAAUUCAGGCUGUUAUUCUCAAAUAAUGGAAGACAGUGGGUACCUUACGAACAAGAAGAUGGCUCCAUUAUGCAUUUUGACAGGUCGGGCAAAAAUGUUACAAUUGACCAACACAAGCUUCCAAAGACAGUGUCUGCAAGGCAUGUUCGCUUUAUUCCAAAUUUGCAGCAUGUCUGGAAUUGCCUAAAAGUGGAGGUUUAUGGAUUUGAUGACCCCUGCUAUAAUCAUGAUGUGCUAAGUCAGGCGAAAAGGAAGAAAACCUUCGAGGGUGCUGGCGGCCAAUGUGACCGAAAAAUUUUACCUUCUGAAAAAAAAUGGUUCCGUUUUGUCGAACCAGCUGGUACUCAAAUGCCAACUGCCUGUGUUCCUCUAUCUCACUGCAAUGCUGAUAGACCCGGAUGGCUGGAUGGACAUCACCCUAAUGUGACGCAAGGUGUAGUAAACAUGAGGGUUUGCUUUACUUCUGAGAACGACUGCUGUGGUGAUCAGAUAUUUAUAUCGGUCAAGAAUUGUGGCGACUUUUUUGCAUAUGGACUGGUAAAACCAAGGAGUUGUGGACGAUAUUGCGGAGAAUAAACAUUCGCUGUGCUUUAGCAGCCAAAGAAAGAAAACGAGACAGGGGGAAGGUUGGCAAAAAUGUAC